GCCUCAGGCAGGGCCUCCGGAGCUGCACGUCCCCCCUGCCCUGGUGCCCCACCCUGGGUGGACACCGCCCCUGCCCUUGGCCUGGGACAUCUCAGUGGUGCGCUUUCCCGGUCCAGAGACUUGUGAUGGGGAAGCCCGAGAACCCAGUGGGGACCGUGCCGAUCGCAGGCCACUCGGGUCAGAAGCACCGAGGCUUCCUGGAGGGGGCGCUGCUUCUGUUGCUGAUCCUGGUGACGGGCGCCCUGGUCACCCUGGGCCUCCUCUACGCCCACAGCCGAGGGAAGCAGCUGCCACUCUUUUCUAGCCGGCUUUGCUUCUCAAAGGAAGAGAAGACCGUUGUAAAACGAGCACCCCGAGACCUCAAAGCCCCCCAGGACGCGGUGGAGCUCUGCACCAGCCCGGGCUGCGUGAUGGCAGCCGCCAGGAUCCUCCAGAACAUGGACCCGUCCAAGGAGCCGUGCGACGACUUCUACCAGUACGCGUGCGGGGGCUGGCUGCGGCGCCACGUGAUCCCCGAGACCAACUCCCGCUACAGCAUCUUCGACAUUCUGCGGGAGGAGCUGGAGAUCAUUCUCAAAGGGGUGCUGGAGAAUUCGACCGCCAAGGACCGGCCGGCCAUGCAGAAGGCCAGGACGCUGUACCGCUCGUGUAUGAACGAGAGUGUGAUAGAGAAGCGGGACUCAAAGCCCCUGCUGGACAUCCUGGAGGUGGUAGGGGGCUGGCCAGUGGCCAUGGACAAAUGGAGCGAGAACGUAGGCCCCGGGUGGGAGCUGGAGCGGCAGCUGGCCGUGAUGAAUGCACAGUUCAACAGGCGGGUCCUCAUCGACCUCUUCAUCUGGAACGACGACCAGAACUCCAGCCGGCACAUCAUCUACAUAGACCAGCCCACCCUGGGCAUGCCGUCCCGGGAGCACUACUUCAGCGCGGGCGCCAACCAGAAGGUUCGAGAAGCCUACCUGCAGUUCAUGGUGUCAGUGGCCACGAUGCUGCGGGCGGAUAUGAGUCUCCCAGAGGACAGCAGCCUGGUGCAGGAGGACAUGGCGCAGGUGCUGGAGCUGGAGACGCAGCUGGCCAACGCCACGGCCCCCCAGGAGGAGCGGCAUGACGUCACCGCCCUGUACCACAGGAUGGACCUGGAGGAGCUCCAGGACAAGUUCGGGCUGAAGGGAUUUAACUGGACUCUCUUCAUACAAGCCGUGCUGUCCUCCGUCAACACUACGCUGCUGCCAGAUGAGCAGGUGGUGGUGUACGGCAUCCCCUACCUCCAGCACCUGGAGGACAUCAUUGACGUCUACUCCCCCAGGACUAUGCAGAAUUACCUGGUCUGGCGCCUGGUGCUGGACCGUAUCAGCAGCCUGAGCCAGAGAUUCAAGGACGCCCGUGCCAGCUACCGCAAGGCGCUGUACGGCACAACAGUGGAGGAGGUACGCUGGCGGGAGUGUGUCAGCUAUGUCAACAGCAACAUGGAAAGCGCCGUGGGCUCGCUCUACGUCACGGAGGCCUUCCCUGGGGACAGCAAGAGCGCGGUCAGAGAGCUCAUCGGCAAAGUGCGGGCGGUGUUCGUAGAGACGCUGGACGAGCUGAGCUGGAUGGACGAGUCAUCCAGGAAGAAGGCUCGGGAGAAGGCCAUGAGCAUCCGGGAGCAGAUUGGCUACCCUGACUACAUCCUGGAGGAGAAGGACAAGCACCUGGAUGAGGAGUAUUCCAGCCUGAACUUCUCAGAGGAUCUGUACUUUGAGAACGGUCUGCAGAACCUCAAGGCUGGCGCCCAGCGGAGCCUCAAGAAACUUCGGGAGAAGGUGGACCAGAACCUCUGGAUCAUCGGGGCCGCCGUGGUGAACGCGUUCUACUCUCCAAACCGAAACCAGAUCGUGUUCCCGGCCGGGAUCCUCCAGCCCCCUUUCUUCAGCAAGGAGCAGCCCCAGGCCUUGAACUUCGGGGGCAUCGGGAUGGUGAUUGGGCAUGAGAUCACCCACGGCUUUGAUGACAAUGGCCGCAACUUCGACAAGGACGGCAACAUGCUGGAUUGGUGGAGUAACUUCUCGGCACAGCACUUCCAGGAGCAGUCGGAGUGCAUGGUCCACCAGUACGGGAACUAUUCCUGGGACCUGGCAGACAACCAAAACGUGAAUGGGUUCAGCACGCUGGGUGAAAACAUCGCCGACAAUGGAGGGGUGCGGCAGGCGUACAAGGCAUAUCUAAAGUGGCUGUCAGAGGGCGGCAAGGACCGGCAGCUGCCAGGCCUGGAGCUGACCCACCAGCAGCUGUUCUUCGUCAACUAUGCACAGGUGUGGUGCGGCUCCUAUCGGCCCGAGUUCGCCGUGCAGUCCAUCAAGACUGACGUCCACAGUCCCCUGAAGUACAGGGUGCUGGGCUCGCUGCAGAACCUGGCGGCCUUCGCGGACGCGUUCCACUGCGCGCGGGGCACCCCCAUGCACCCGAAGGUGCGAUGCCGCGUCUGGUAG